UCUUUGUUGCAGUUUAUAGACCUCUCUUUCCAAAAAUCAAAAUCUUUCAGUAAUUCCCCUCCCUGGGCUUCGCCAUCUCUCUCAAUCCAUCUACGUUAAAAGCUCCCCCACCUUUCUCAAACCCAUCUCCAACGUUCCUUUAUCUCGGAAUUUAAGAUUUGGCUUCUUAAAAUCUAAUGGAGUGGAAGCAAAGGUUGCCCUAGAAGAUGAACAUUUUGCUUUGUGACAAUCUGAAGCAGGAAGUUGCGUUUUCUCCCACAGCAGUGGCAUUGAGAUGGAUAUGAACUUCACUGCUGAUUCUUCCCUGGCUCCAUCCAGAUGGAGAAAAGUUGCAUACGGAGGGAUGCAACCCGGAUACGACGACAACCACACAGAUGAAACUUUCCUUGAAGAUAUGGUAAUGAAUGCUAAUGUCGUUAAACGGAAUAUGCUUAAGGUGAUGCAAGAUUCGGUUUCCAUCUCACAAUAUCUAUGCAUUGUUUUUCUUGUGGUCUUGGUAUGGAUCUACACCCUUAGGUCAACCCUUAAUGAAAACUCCCUCUUGCUUCUCGAUAUAAGCCUUCUUGGUUCUGGUUUCAUAAUCCUAGUAUUAACUGAAGAAAUGCUCUCCCUCAAACGUCUUUGGAACUACAUCCUCAACGUUUCCUUCUUCACAACCGGAUUAUUCGUGUUAGCUCCAAUAUACCAAACGUUGACAAGGUCCAUCAGCUCGGAUUCCAUUUGGGCAGUAACCAUUUCACUCCUCUUGCUCCAUCUUUUCCUUCACGACUAUUCCGGUUCUACAAUAAGACCUUCGGGUGCUCUCAAGAACCCUAACUUAACCAGCUGUAUUUCCUUAAACGCUUCCAUCGUUGCUUCGGUUUUCAUAGCAUCCCGAUUACCAUCACGGGUACAUGUUUUCGCCACCAUGCUGUUUUCAUUACAAAUCUUCCUAUUUGCACCAUUGGUCACCUACUGUAUUAAGAAAUACUCUUUCAGGUUGCACCUUUUGUUUUCUCUGGGGUUAAUGGCUGUCACUUUAACAUUUGUUUAUAGCCUGCAUUGCUUGCUCUUUGUGUUAUUGGUGGGGAUUUUGAUCUUUGUUAAUGUGGUUUGCCCUUACUGGCUUAUAAGGAUUCAAGAAUACAAGUUUGAGAUUAAUGGCCCCUGGGAUGAGGCUAAGCUUUGCUUUGAUAUUACAGAUUGAAAGUUCACUGAUAAGAAUUUGGUUUCUAUUUUACUCGGACUCGGAUUUGAAUAUAGGCAUAUGGUAUAGGUAUUGUAUUAUCAGCUAUGUAUUUGGCAGGUCCUUGAAAGGUCAUAUCUUCGUAUCCAUAUCCGAAUAUGCAACAAAAAUGGGUUUCGGAUGCAGAUGCUUCAAGAAAAAUUAGGAGUUGAAGUUGCACAAUUUUUUUUUUGUCAAUUUUUAGCUGAGAAGUGUAUUGAUGUAAAUUUUAAGCCAUCAAAGUUUUAUCAUGUAAGUUGUAACUAACCUUUGUAUGUUAUGUUGCCCGGAUUUGUGAUAAAUGUGAAAUACAGAUAUAUAUAUCUUCCAUAGAUAUACUCAA